AUGGCGUUGUCGGUAACAUAAAGAAGUAUGGCAGAAAAAAUCCUCCUGAUUAUGAUCUUGGCAAUGUCAAGUUACCAGUAUAUUUGUAUUAUGGCACCAAUGAUAUAGUUGUCGACGUGCAGGACAUUCAGCAGUUAUACGAAAUAUUACCCAAUGCUGAGAAAUUUUUAAUGCCAUGCGACACUUUCGCGCAUGUCGAUUUCGUGUGGGGAAAGCAUGUCAAUACUUUGCUAUACAAUAAAAUUCUGAAUCUUAUGGAGCGUUAUAGAAAUUAGAAUAUUAAUUAUUACUUAUGUAACGUGUUUAUCUUUGAUGCUUUUAUAUUCUAUCUAUACUAUUAUGUUAAUAGAAAUAUGAGUGAUCAUAAAUUUCCUUUUGUGGCUCUUCCAUUACAAAAUCCUAUCCAAUAUACAAAAUUCAAUAUAUUGUAAUAAAUAAUAAAGUUAAGAAACACAUGAAUUUAAAAUUUUAUAUUUCGCAUACCUCUUCUGCUCGUCCCUAACAUCUUAAGUUUUCAAAUCGACCCGGGUCUGGAGUUAAUUUGAAAGUUCAAAAAUUCUUGGAACGCAGUCUUCACAAUGUUUUCAUGGAGCCUCUU